CCCAUCGUUGGUGUCAGUGGAAGGAAUAGUGCCCCCAUCAUUGGUGUCAGUGGAAGGAAUAGUGCCCCCAUUGUUGGUGUCAGUGAAAGGAAUAGUGCCCCCAUUAUUGGUGUCAGUGGGAGGAAUAGUGCCCCAUUGUUGGUGUUAGUGGGAGGAAUAGUGGCCCACCAUUGGUGUCAGUGGGAGGAAUAGUGCCCCAUCAUUGGUGUCAGUGGGAGGAAUAUAGUGCCCCAUCAUUGGUGUCAGUGGGAGGAUAGUGCCCCAUCAUUGGUGUCAGUGGGAGGAAUAGUGCCCCAUUGUUGGUGUCAGUGGAAGGAAUAGUGCCCCCAUCGUUGGUGUCAGUGAAAGGAAGAGUGCCCCAUCAUUGGUGUCAGUAUGAGGAAUAGUGCCACAUCAUUGGUGUCAGUGGGAGGAAUAG